CAACAUGUUGUCUUUGGCAAAUAAACAUUUUCUACAAAUAACCUAUUUAUUAUAUUAGAGAAGUUACUUCUUUUGUAUAUUUUUUUCGCUGCUGAAUAUUCCGGCAAAAGGAAGAUCAAUCCGUGCAGAGAAGAGAAGGGAGUUGUAAGCUUACUGUACCGCGACGGAGUAUACAGACUGUAUAUUUCCGCUGUGUCGAGACACUUCUUCUUUUUUUGUUGGAGGACAAUAUAAGAAAGUAGCAAGUGUGUCUAGGCAAGCAGAAAGGAGAUGACUUCCAGCAAUGUCCUCCUGCUCUUCAUUCUCUCUCUCACAAGCAGCAGGGCAGAGAAUGCAGAGGAGCGGCUGGUGAACUACCUGUUGGGUCCAGAGCGCUACAACAAACUGAUCAGACCGGCUGUCAAUAAGAGCCAACAGGUCACCAUCUCCAUACAGGUGUCUCUGUCGCAGCUCAUCAGUGUAAAUGAGAGAGAGCAGAUAAUGACGACCAACUUGUGGCUGUUUCAGGAGUGGAAUGAUUACAGGCUGAGAUGGGAACCAGAGAAGUACGAAGGCAUCAAGAAACUACGAAUACCGUCCAAACACAUCUGGCUUCCUGAUAUAGUGCUCUACAACAAUGUUGAUGGCGUGUACGAGGUUUCCUUCUAUUGCAACGCUGUAGUCUCCAAUACAGGAGACAUCUUCUGGCUUCCCCCCGCCAUCUACAAGUCGGCCUGCGCUAUCGAGGUGCAGAACUUCCCCUUCGACCAGCAGAACUGCACCCUCAAGUUCCGCUCCUGGACCUACGACCACACAGAAUUGGAUCUGAUUCUCACAAGCGACUUUGCCAGCCGUGACGACUUCACGCCAAGCGGAGAGUGGGACAUCGUCUCGCUCCCGGCGCGCAAAAACGAGGAUCCCAAUGACAUCACCUACCUGGAUAUCACCUAUGAUUUUGUGAUCAAGAGGAAGCCGCUGUUUUACACCAUUAAUCUGAUCAUCCCUUGUGUGCUGAUCACGUCGUUGGCUAUCCUGGUGUUCUACCUGCCGUCAGAUUGCAAGGAGAAAAAUACGCUUUGCAUCUCGGUGCUGCUGGCGCUCACUGUGUUCUUGCUUCUGAUAUCAAAGAUAGUGCCACCCACCUCUCUCGCAGUGCCACUCAUAGGUAAAUAUUUGAUGUUCACUAUGGUGCUAGUCACUUUCUCCAUUGUGACUACCGUCUGUGUACUCAAUGUGCAUCACCGCUCCCCAUCCACCCACCACAUGCCUGACUGGGUCAAACGUUUCUUCUUAAUCCGCCUCCCCACCUUCCUCUUCAUGAGACGUCCAGGUUCUUCUAAUGUCCGUGAUAAACUCCGCAGGAAGUACGCCAACAACCAGAGUACCGUUGGGAAAAACAAUACCCAGAGCGUCACAGGCAAGAGGCAGUAUUCCAACAUCAGACUCGGUGGGGUUCGAACAGAUGGCGACUCUUUCUACGUGAAUGAGGACUUGGCGCACAAGUUUUCCUGGAAGGUGGAUGACGUCCCAGAUGGGAGUGGUGGAUUUUCAGACUUCCGGAAGCCUUUGGCUGUUCAGUGGGAUGCAGAUGUAGAGGAAGCAGUGGAUGGAGUGAAAUACAUCGCUGAACACAUGAAGACAGAAGAUGACGAUGAAAGGAUUAUAGAAGACUGGAAGUACGUAGCCAUGGUGAUAGACCGUCUGUUCCUGUGGAUCUUCAUCCUGGUGUGUUUGGUGGGAACUCUGGGGCUCUUCAUGCAGCCGCUGUUCCAAAGCUAUAACAUACCCACUGUUGAUGACACAGAGUAUGGAGAUUUCUAGGAUUUCUGGACAUGAACUAUAACUAUAACUAUAACUGAGAAACUGCACCAGGUCUGGCUCUGAUUUGUCUUUUCUGGUUGGAUCCGAUACAUAACCAGCCUAAUCAAGGCAGCCAUAUACAUUGGUUGUGUUUGCAACAGUGGACCUCAAACAAACAGAAUCAUACUUGGACACUUAUUAUUUUUUACUGCAUGGCUUCUACUUCGGAUGGAUUUUUCCUUGAUCGAAGCUCCGCCAUCAACACAAGCAUAGCAAUCCUGAUAUACUUUUUUUGUAGUAAAACAUUCUUCUAACCAGAUGUAGUUUAACCGAUAUAUUGCCCGUGCAGUUUUUGACACUACAAGACAAAUGCAGUCUAUUUUACUAAGCUCUUAUUUUUCCCAGUGUAGACAAUAACCACAAAGCAGGUGAAAAAUGAUGUUAUGUUGUUGUCUUUGUUUCAUUUUGGACUGGCUGUGCUGCUGAUGGAACAGUUGGACCUCUUUACAGACUCACAAAGGUUCAUUACACAUUACAGCUCCUAUAAGACCACGAGGUCUGUUGUCCUCUGCAGCACUGUUGAUGUAAAAAAUCAGACAUUAAACCAAUCAUUAGCACAGUACAAUGAACCAUAAUUUCUCCUUUCUAAAACCAAGCUUUAUUGUAACAACGCAAGGAACAUUUGUCUUAUUCACCCUUUCUUUUCAUGAAAAUAAUAAUGCAUCAUCUCUCUCGCUCUGUCCUUUCCAUGUUCUGCUUCAGAGCCUUGUGCCUCAUAUCCACCAUCCUCCCCUAAAGCAUUGUUGUAAUCGCUAAUGUCUUAUUUUGAAUAAUGUGUAUUCUCCUCUUGCUUUCUCUUUCUGUCUUUCUCUCACUUGCUUAGUUAUUCAUUCUCCCUCCUUUACAUGCCAUAUAUCAUCACACUUGUAGCAGUGCCGGGCUACAUACAGUAUUAAGAAUGAAUAUGACACUGACUGUAUUCUAUUACAUGUUGAAUAAAAAGCUCUGUAUUUUAUGUGUUUGGCCAGA